GUGAAAUACACAUUAUUCCUACUGGAACAGCUUUAUUCCACUCACAUAAUGUACGCGAGACAGUUAGCUAGCUUCUACGGUGGCGGUGUUGUUAUUAUUCAUCAGCUAGCAUCAGUUUAAACAAGCUAACGGAAAAUGUCAAAAAAGUCCAAAAAGAGAAAGCGCAAGAAGUUUUCAUCGUCAAGUGAUGAAGAUGAGAAGGCAUCCAAGGAACAAGAUGUCACCAAGAAUUACAAAAGUGGCAAGAGGAAGCAAGAUUCAAAAAGUCAGAGCUGUGCAGCAAAGCAGGAAAAUUGUGCUUAUUCUUCCGUUAAAGAUGUUUCCCAAAGCCCCCGCCACAUCAAAAGGCCUGUCUAUAGACGGGCAGAAACACAAGCAGCAGACCAGAACCCUGUUAAAAAGGAAGAAGAAAGUACAAAAACAAAGCAUGUCUAUGUUUCAUUCCAUGGGGGAAAAUGCUCUAGUAAAGCAAGAAAUCACACUUCAGGAAAAGAUCAAACUGUCAGUGGGAGUAAGACUGUGCAAAAGGAAUGCUCAAAACACUCUUACAAUGCAGGUACAUCUCCUCAGAGGACAGAGAAGAUAUCUAAAGGCAGCUUGGAUGAAAAGUUUUCCCAGAGGAGCCCAUCCAAAUUAAAAAAGCACCUAACGAGUCCCAGUUUGGUUUCUGCUGAACAGAAAGAACAGAGGAAGGAUGUACUGAAGAGGACGUGCAGAGCCGAGAAACCCCCAAGGACGGGAAAUUACAGCAACACUAUCAAGACCACGGAACCCAGCAAGACCUCCCCAGUCUCCAAGGAUUCUGCGUGGAAGAAGAGGAGUGAAGUCUUCAAGAAGAUGUGCCAAAGGCAUCAAGAAAACAAGGCCAAAAAGAGCACGUGUACAGAAUCAAAAACUCCAUCUGCCUCUACCACAAAGCAUUCCUCCACUUCAUCCAAGCACACUACCUCUGUGAGGAGCUCAAACGUGGUGAAGAAUGUCACUUCUGUCGCAGAGAAGGUCACAUCAGUGUCACAUAAGUCAUCAGUUGCUCAGCAACAACGCUUUGUCGCAUCAUUUGUGCCUUUUAAUUUUAAGAUACCAAAAAAGGCUCGACCAAGGCCAGUCGAUAGCACCAGUGUGAAUAACGAUGCCGAUUCUACAAACAGGAAACCUAAACAUGAGACUGAGUGUUCAGACUCUGGGGCCUCAGGGAGCAACUCCAAGCAGCAAACUGUCCAACAAGCUCACAGCUGUUUGGAUGUCACACCUAGUGUUUCAUCUGAAGGACAAGAUAAAAGGUCAUCUUCGCCAGACCAACUCCCAACUACGUCUCAUACUGUCACUGGCUCGUGGAAUGACCAGAUACAAGUGGUUGAAGAGCUUUAUCUUGCCCGCUCAGAGAAGAGAUUGGAGGUGAAUGUAAUGCAAAGCUAUGGGGAACUCACCUGUAUGGAUAUAGACCCUCCAGAAGAGGGAGUUGCAGACACACACUGUAAACAACCUCCUCAUCAAGACCUAAUCCUUGUUCUGGACACCAACAUUCUCCUCAGUCACCUGGAUUAUGUGAAAAAGAUCAGAUCUCACGGCCUUGGAGCCCUGGGCUUCCCAAUAGUCCUGAUCCCCUGGGUGGUGCUUCAGGAGCUGGAUUCCCUAAAAAGGGGGAGAGGCCUGACAGGUUCUGUUGCCCACCUUGCUACUCCGGCCAUCUCGUACAUUUACAACUCUUUGAAGAACCGUGAACCUCACCUCUUGGGGCAGUCUAUGCAGCAGGCCACUCAGAGCAGUUAUGGUCUAAAUGCUGAGAAUAAUGAUGACAGGGUGCUGCAGUGCUGCCUGCAAUACCAGAGUCUGUACCCAGAGUGUGCUCACAUUCUAUGCACUAAUGAUAAGAACCUAUGCAGUAAGGCCCUCCUGAGCGGAGUGAAGGCCCUCUGCAAGAGUGACUUGGAGACAGAGGUUGGCUUUCACCCUCUGCAAAACAUUAAGACUUCCAUGCUGCCUCACAUCAGCCCUCAGGUCUCAUCACAAAGGCAGAGCCGGAGCUAUGCACCAGUCCAGCCACACAGUCAAGAGAGGACAGGCCUUUCUGUGGAGGAGAAAGAUAUCAAGCGAGAGGAUAAAGAGAAGACAAAAUGGGACCCCAGCAGUGUUUCUGAACUAGAGGGCUGCCUGCGUGAGGUGCUGUCGGAGGUGUUAGAGGUGGAGAUGAAGGCCGCUUACGAAGACCUCUGGCUAGAGAUCAUUUACAUAAAACCACCCUGGAGUCUUUUAGAUGUCAUGCAAUGUUUGAAAAAACACUGGAUUGCUGUCUUUGGGCACAUUGUCCCACGGAGGAAGCUGCAAACUGUUUUAAACCUCAUCAACUUCUUCAACUCGGGUAGAACAGCGAACUGUAGCGCUACCUCAGAAGCCCUGCAAGAAGCAAAGGGGCUCGUGGAAGCGUUUGGGAAAAGUUCAAGACGUGUUCCCAGUGCCAUCUCCAUAAUGGACAACAUUUACAAUAAGCUACAACCGCAGUGGGAAACUCCUGCCUGUGAUGUUGUCAUGAAUGAUGAUGAUGAUGAAGACAAACAACCCAUGCCUGCUCAGGUCUCUCACCAGGAAGUGUGGGCCCUGUUUGAGAACAUCUGGUCGUAUGUGUGUCAGAUGAGCUUGGAAGUGUUCAAAGCGGUGGGCUUUGACCCUCACACGAUGCAGAGCGUUCAGCCGGUGGGAGGUCCUCCGCCACCGCGGGACGCCGUGGUCUGUUUGCACAAUCUGUCCUCCGUGGUCUCACAGCUGCUCCAAAUCUUCAGCAGUGUCUUGUCCUCAGCUCCUGGUUUAGAGCAAGUCCAGACGCUGCUCGACAUCAUCCACUCUAAUAAGAUUGUUGAUGUGGAUUCCAGAUUGACAGCUAAAGACCUUCUUGAUUGUUUCUCACAACAGGACUACAGGGAGAAGCUGGGAGUCGGAGGGAACCAGUUAAUGGGGCUAAAAGAGGCCUUGGAUCGUUGUGUCGGGAUCACAGGUCAACACAUCACCUUCACCACGUCACCUCCCUGAUUGGAUCAGAAUCAGAGCGUCUGCUAAACAGAUGCGCUGUAUAAACUAAUAUCCUUUACUUGAAGUAAAAACAUUUGAAGGGGUGUCUGCUCAUCGUCUGCCUCUGGCAACUGGAUCUGUUUACCUUUUUUAAUUUCCAUUCAUGUACAGAAUGUUUCUUGUGACAUACAUAUUCUGUUUCCCUGAAUGAAUGGAUGUCUACAGAUGUUCUCCAUCAUUCUAAAGAGAAAUACAUUUGUAUUUUCUGUAUCUGACAGUAUUCAGUUUAAUUGCAUCAAGAAUUGCUUUCAAAGUCCUCCAAUAUUCCUUCAGCUACACCUAGUUUUCAUAUCUCCUGCCAAAUCACAGUUGAGCAGCGAUUUCUGUUGUGAUCUUUUUAUGUUUUAGUUCAGUAAAUCUAUAAACAUAAAUGCAAAAGUCAAAAUCAAAAGUGAUUAGUUACAUCACAGAGCUGGCUUUCAUUAUUAUUAUUAUUAUUAUUAUUAUUAUUAUUAUUAUUAUUAUUAUUAUUAUUAUUAUUAUUAUAAUAUAUCAAACAUUUAUAUUUGCUUGCAGUUUGUAACAUGGGGUGCAAACAUAGAAUUGUUAUAUUUUUUGGACCGUAUGAAUGUGCAAUGAUGCAACGAUUUCUGAAGCUCUAGCUUUACCCCUCGGCCACUGUGACAAAUGUCAGACAGCUUCUUUUUUUUUCUUUCUUUUAAAUAACUUAACUAUUUUUUAAUAUCUGUUACUAUUUUUGAACUCAGACACUAUUAAACAGUUGGUUUCUAUUAUUUAUGAUUGUUCAACUCCAACCAAAGCUUCUUACUUCCACUGGUCUUAAAGGAAUAGUACUACAUUCUGGUAAAUAUGCUUGUUCACGUUCUUGCUGAGAGUUGGAGAGGAACGAUGCCAGCCUCAUUAAGUAUUAAGAUAGAUUAGCUUAGUUUAGUUUAGCAUGAAGACUGGAAGCAGGGGGAAACAUCAAACGUGUGUUUAAUCCGCAAAGAAAAUUGUAAAAAUGAGCUGUUUCCACCUUCCUGUCUUUUAAUUAGAGACAUAAAGAAGCAUCGAUCCUCUCGUCUAACUCUCAGCAAGAAAGUGAAUAAGCAUAUUUUUAAGAGUCUAAGAAGGGAACAAUUGUUCAGGCCUUUUUUAAAACAAUGAUAUAUAUUGUUUUCAAAGAUGUACGGCGUUCUUUCUGUUUUACUUUAUAAAAUACUCAACCAUACUUUAGACUUUACACAACUAACUGCACAUAUAGCUUAGAGUAUAAAACAAAGCAAUAACACCUGAUGGAGAGGGAGGUUUGACACUUUCUGUAAUCAUGAUUCUUGAAGGCCAACAGAUUGGACUGUCCAAGUGUCCCAGUGAGAAGCUGAAACCAGGUGGCUGUUUAUUUAUUUUUUAAUAUAGCUGCAUAAUCAUAAAUGAUAAGGACCAAGACUUUAAUAGUCUAAUUUGAAAACCAGUGAGUUUUCAGCUUUUGAAAGUUUUGGUUGAUUUUUUUAAGUAGAAAUGUAAAUAGUUUGAGAACAGAAAAUAUAUUUUAUGUAAAAGAGUUAAAUGUUUACAAGAAAUUAAAUGUUUUGAAGCUUUGUCUUUUUUCUUA